AUGGACCUUGAGAACAAUGACACAUUUGUAAAGCCAACUCUCUCCGCGCCACAAGAUGCCAAGGAUGCGUUCGACCUCGCGGGUAUGGGCCAUGAACAGGCCAUGACCCGCAAAUUCAGCCUUUGGAGCAUGCUCGCCAUGGCCUUUUGCGUGUUGAGCUCAUGGGCAGCUAUUUCGGCAACCUUUCAAACAGGGCUUGAUAACGGCGGCCCCAUCACCAUUCUCUGGGGCAUGAUAUUGAUCACUGCUGUAAACCUUUGCAUCGCCGUCUCCCUGGGCGAACUGUGCAGCAGCAUGCCAACGGCUUUGGGUCAAGCUUACUACGUGUACAAGCUGUACUCUUGCGAGGUUGGCCGGCUCCUCUCCUAUUUGUGUGCUUGGACGAAUAUCUUUGGCUGGUGGACAGCCAGCGCGUCUCUGGUGGCCUUUAAUACCAAUUUCAUUCUUGGUUUGAAACUCAUCUAUGACCCUGAGUGGGAAGGUGUCAACGAGCCGUGGAUAAGUUUCGUUGUCUAUCUUGGGUUUUCACUAUUUGUCACCGUUGUCAAUGUGGUGGGAUGUCGAAAAGACCAGUUUCUGCCCUGGUUAAACAACCUCAUGGGCAUUUUGCUCGCUGCUCUGUUCCUUGUCUUCUCGCUGGCAUUCAUCAUUGCGGUGGCUACCAACGAUCACCUCUCAUUCCGCCCACCGUCAUUCGUAUUUGCUACAUGGAUCAAUAAUACGGGUUGGUCUGAUGGCGUGGUGUGGUUUCUAGGUCUGUUGCAAUCUGCGUAUGGCUUGACGGCUUUCGACUCAGUUAUUCACAUGGUUGAAGAGAUGCCUGAUCCACGCCGCAAUGGUCCCAAAGCAAUAUACCUUGCCGUCUUGUCGGGAGCAGUUACCGGCUUCUUCUUCAUGAUGAUCUGUCUCUUUUGCAUGCAAGAUAUCGACACCAUCAUAGACAGCCCGACAGGUCUGCCUUUCAUUGGCCUCGUCCAGGCGAUAAUGGGCGACAACGGUGCCGCUGCUCUCAUCGCUCUCUACCUCGUGGCUUGCAUUGGCCAAGGUGUGAGCGUCGCAACAACCGCAUCACGGCUAACUUGGGGAUUUGCUCGCGACGGCGGGUUCCCUUGGAGCAGUUACUUGUCCAAGGUAGACCCGGUUUGGAAGGCACCUGUCCGGGCAAUUUGGGUACAGGGGAUUCUUACAUCCCUUGUUGGAGUUCUAUACCUCUUCUCCACUACCGUCCUGACAGCUAUUGUCAGCGUCAGCACGGUAGCAUUGAUGAUUUCAUAUGGUAUCCCCAUUUCCACCCUCCUAAUCGUGGGGCGAGACAAGCUCUGCCCAGGACCAUUCCGGCUGGGAAAAUGGGGAGCUCCUAUCAACUAUGUCAGCGUGGCUACUUGUGCAAUAACUACAGUCUUUUUCUUCUUCCCCGCGAGUCCGAGCCCCGACGGUAGUAAUAUGAACUAUGCCAUCGCCGUCUUUGGCGUCAUGGUUGUAGUGUCGUUGGGUUUUUGGCUCGCCCGAGGCCAUCGUACCUAUAUGAGAACAGAAGAGGCAACUCAGGAUAUUAUCUUAGCUCACCAACUAGGAGCACAGAUUUCUCGAGAAAAUUCCAUCGAGAAGAAGGAGUAG